AAUGACGGGAGGUAGCCGUGGGGGGAGAAGGCCGCGCGCACAGACGGAGCUGAUUAGCUACCAGUGUAUUUCUAAGAAUCAAGGUCGUCGAUUACUUCGUAUUACAGGACUGUCCUCUCCCAUCCCCCUUACCCCUUUUGUGUGAGAGAGAGAGCGAGCAUGGCUCAGGAGACCAAUCAGACGCAGGUGCCAAUGCUUUGCACUAUGGGCUGUGGUUUCUAUGGUAAUCCUCGCACCAACGGCAUGUGCUCGGUCUGCUACAAGGAACACCUGCAGAGGCAACAGGGAGGGGGGCGAUCCAGCCCUCCAGGUGAAAAAGCCGCUACGUCUCCGGUGGGGUCUCCGGGAACUUCAGGUGUGUCUGUGGAGAACAUUCCAGCACCUGCCACAGAAGGGCCAGCUCAGCCUGAAGAAAGGACAUCUAGUAGUUCGCCCAGCCCAGUAACCCAACAGAUGACCGCCAUGAGCAUCUCCCAGGACACUGCUGCCACUGAUUCGGACCGAGCCGACGUGGAAGAGGAAGAGGAUGAGGGCUCAUCUAAAUCGUCAGGACCCGUUGGAGAAGCAGCGCAGGCUUCGUCUGAUGGGGAACAGACACCUGACAAAAACAAGAAGAAGAACCGCUGCUUUACCUGCCGGAAAAAAGUUGGUCUCACAGGCUUUGACUGUCGCUGUGGCAACCUGUUCUGCGCCAUCCACCGCUACUCUGACAAACACGACUGUCCCUACGACUACCGAGGUGCCGCGGCCGCCCGCAUCCGCAAGGAGAACCCCAUCGUGGUGGCCGAGAAGAUCCAAAAGUUAUGAGGACUGAGAGACGUAGCGAAAAGAUCGAAAUGAAAACAAACGAAACGUUUGACCUGCAAGUUUGGAGCAAUGGCGGCACAGAUAAUACCUGAUAAAAUGGCUUCAUUUAUUCAUGGUAGGAUAUAAGGUGGGUGGGCUUUGCAGUGUUACAGCCCAGGUCCAGCCCUUCCCCUCACCGCUCUCUCCCUUUCUCUCCUGGAGUGAAGGCGUGAGUGACUGAACAUUUUGUGUGUGUAUGAGUGUGUGUGUGUGUGUGUGUGUGUUUGCUUGAGAGUCAGGGGGAGCACAGUCGGGUUUGGUGGACAGUAGUCUGCUUCGGGGAGGGAAGACAUUUAGAUUUUACCCUUUUUUUCCUUUUUUUCCCCCUUUUUUUUUAUUCUGGGAUGCCAGUUGAUUUUCAUGUUAUCCCUCGACAGUAGAUGUAAGAGACUGGGAUCCACGCAUGGACAGAGACUCGGGAGUUGGGUUUGGGUCAAGCAUACGUG